AAAUGAAUACUGUUGCAACUUCUAUAUUUGCAUUAAUUACAAUAGCAGUAGUCACUACUGCGUUCCGAACACAAAGUGUGGCAGUAAAAGGAAAGCUAAUGUGCGGAGAUCAACCAGCACCGAAUGUUCUUGUAAAAUUACUCGACGAAGAUCACGGGGAUCCAGAUGAUGUUUUAGAUAAUAUGUAUACUAAAGAAGAUGGAAUGUUUAGCGUUAGCGGUUUCGCAUCUGAAAUUACCCCAAUUGAUCCAGAGCUACGAAUUUAUCAUGACUGUAAUGAUAACGGAAAGCCCUGCAAACGGGAGUGGAUUAUUCGAAUCCCAAGCAAAUACAUCUACUUAGGUGAAGAGCCUUCUGAAGCUCUGGACUUGGGAACGCUUAAUCUAGAGAGAAUGAGAUUUCCUCUGCAAUAUUCUCUUCUUCUUACUCUUUUUGGAUAUGUUUUUUGUGUUCCACAACAACAGAUAGGAAGGCAAAACUAUAGAGUGCGGGGAACUUUGAUGUGUGGAACAACACCGGCAAAGGAUGUGAAAGUGAAGCUAAUCGAUGAUGAUUUCGGACCUGAUCCUGAUGACGAAUUGGACAGUGGCUAUACGGAUGCAAACGGUUUCUUUGAAUUGGCUGGUUUCACUACAGAGCGUACCACCAUAGAUCCUCAUUUGAAAUUUUACCACGACUGUAACGAUGGGAUU